CGUUUAUGAAAAAAAAUGCGAAAGAGAUUGGCGCCCAAUAUUCUGCUCUUGUAUUUAUCCACGUGGCUCUGUUUCGUGCAUUAUUUCAGAUAAGAUUUGUCUUAUCCAUGGUUCUUUCGAGAAGGUCCUUUGUUCGUAGAGCUUCCUUUUCGGAAUGUUCUCUGGACUACAAUGAGAUAGACCUGAAUUAUACAAAGAGUCCUGGAGCUGCAUCUUGGGCUUCUACUCGAAGUUGUCCAACUCAAGUCUUAUCAUCCAAUAAUACUCCUAAGGCGAAGUUUGAUUUUAUUUCUGAAAACACUUCCUUGAACGAUGAAAAUAUGAAAAGAACACCAGCAAGUAGAUGCAGACCGCCUCUUAAAAAUUCUGCUCCUCCAACAGCGAUAUCUGAGAAACGUAUUGGAAGAAGACUAUUUGCUGAUGAUGAGGAAUGUGAAGACCAGCUCACUAUGUUGGAUCAAACUGAUGAGUCACUAUGCCAGGUUUCAGCUGCUGUUUCUUUCAUGGUGACUCCAGGAAGCCUACAUGAAAAAUUUUCUGUUUUUGUCGGAGAUCUUGGUGGAGAUAUCAACGAAGACAUUCUAUUGGAUGCAUUUUCCCGUUUUGGAAAAGUGACAGCAGUUGACUUGAAAAGAGACAAAUACACUGGAGAAAUUCUUGGAUAUGCUUUUGUGUAUUUUGUUCAGGAGGAAGAAGCACAAAAAGCUAUGAAAUUGGGAAACGGAAUGUCUCUUAUGAACCGUAGAAUAAGAACAGGAUGCCCUCAAAGGAAUGCUACAUUACAUAUACCACAGAUAGACUCAGAAAUUAAUGAUGAAGAAAUUAAGACCACGUUCAGAAAGUAUGGUGAACUUGUGGAAGAAGAAACUUAUUUUAUUCGUCGAUGCUAUGGCUAUAUUCGUUUUCAAGCUAGGGAAGAUGCAGAGAGAGCCAAACAACAUUUGGAUGGUGCAACAAUUGGGAAGUUUAAAAUAAGAGUUGAAUGGGCCAAUACUGAACUACUUCGAUACGCAAUCCAGUUUCAUUUCGAAAUAGAAAGAAGUAACUUGAUUACCGUCGAAAGUGUGAAAGCGAGGAUGACUCGUUUUGGAACGGUGACGAAAAUUGAAAUAUUCUCCGAUGACCAGGGUCAGAAGACAGGUCUUGGACGAGUCUAUUUCACUCCCGAUAAAGAAGGAGAACUUGCGGCUUCUAAAGCAGUGAAAUUUGUAAAAUACAUAUCUGGAACCAAGGUUUGGUGUACAUUUCUAAAAGUAGUGGUUCCAAAAGAAACGUUAAACAGCAUGUCCACAAAUGAGUGUAAUAUAAGUGUUGAAGAAAGACAGCCUACUACAACUCCAAGUAAAUACAACUCUUCCACAGCAUACUUUGAAACUCCUGCAUUUGAUCUAUCUGCCAUUAAUACAAAUAUUCCGACUUGUGUAGCUGCAGUACCGAAUCCUUCAGCCGCUCCUUUACAGUUUUCGACAGUGUCCUCACAAUUUCUUCCUUACUGGUUGCCAGUGCCUUAUCCAGUUUCCACCGUGCCUUAUUUCGUUAUGGAUAAUAAUAGUGGUGGUUCUUAUUCAUUUGUUUGACACAAACAUUAUUAUCAUGAAAAUACGAAAACAUUUACA